UCACUACCACCACUCUCCUCUUCUUCUUCUUCUACCUCCAAGCUAGCAGAGUAGCCUGAAGAGAGAGAGAGAAUGGAGAUUGAGAGAGAGAGCGGUGAGAGAGGGAGCAUCAGCUGGAGAGCUAAUGUGACAAAUGAUCAGGAUGCCAAGAAGCUCGAAGCAGAUGAUAAGCUGCUAAUGAAGGAGCCUGCAUGGAAAAGGUUCCUUGCCCAUGUUGGUCCAGGAUUCAUGGUGUCCCUGGCCUACUUGGAUCCUGGCAAUUUGGAAACCGAUUUGCAAGCCGGCGCCAACCACAGAUAUGAGCUCCUCUGGGUGAUUCUGAUUGGCCUCAUCUUCGCACUUAUCAUACAAUCACUAGCAGCUAAUCUUGGAGUGGUGACAGGGAGGCAUCUGGCUGAGAUCUGCAAGAGUGAGUACCCAAAGUUCGUGAAGAUAUUCCUGUGGCUGCUUGCAGAGCUGGCCGUCAUCGCUGCAGAUAUCCCAGAAGUUAUAGGGACGGCCUUCGCUUUCAACAUCUUGUUCCAUAUUCCCGUGUGGGUCGGCGUCCUCAUCACCGGCUCCAGCACUCUCCUGCUUCUUGGCCUCCAAAAAUACGGGGUGAGGAAGCUGGAGUUUCUGAUAUCGAUGCUGGUGUUCGUGAUGGCGGCGUGUUUCUUCGGCGAGCUGAGCAUCGUGAAGCCGCCGGCGAAGGAGGUGAUGAAGGGGCUCUUCGUGCCCAGGCUCACCGGCGCCGGCGCCACCGGCGACGCCAUUGCCCUCCUCGGAGCUCUCGUCAUGCCGCACAACCUGUUCUUGCAUUCUGCCCUGGUGCUGUCGAGGAAGACGCCGGCGUCCGUGAGAGGAAUCAAGGAUGGGUGCAGAUUCUUCCUGUACGAGAGCGGGUUCGCGCUGUUCGUGGCGCUGCUGAUCAACAUCGCCGUCGUCUCCGUCUCCGGCACCGCCUGCUACUCCCCCACCAUCUCCCAGGAGGACGCCGGCAAGUGCGCCGACCUCAGCCUCGACACCUCCUCCUUCCUUCUCCGGAACGUGCUUGGCAAGUCGAGUGCGAUCGUGUACGGCGUGGCGCUGCUGGCAUCCGGGCAGAGCUCCACCAUUACCGGCACAUACGCUGGACAGUACAUCAUGCAGGGUUUCUUGGACAUCAGGAUGAGGAAGUGGCUCCGCAACCUGAUGACUCGCACCAUCGCCAUCGCGCCCAGCCUCAUCGUCUCCAUCAUCGGCGGCUCCAAGGGCGCCGGCCGUCUCAUUAUCAUCGCUUCGAUGAUACUGUCCUUUGAGCUGCCCUUUGCUCUCAUCCCUUUGCUCAAGUUCAGCAGCAGCAGCAGCAAGAUGGGGCCCCACAAGAACUCCAUCUAUAUAAUAGUGUUCUCGUGGGUGCUGGGGCUGCUGAUCAUCGGAAUAAACAUGUAUUUUCUGAGCACGAGCUUCGUGGGGUGGCUCAUCCACAACGGCCUCCCCAAGUACGCCAACGUGCUCGUCGGCGCCGCCGUCUUCCCCUUCAUGCUCGUCUACAUCGUCGCCGUCGUCUACCUCACCAUCCGCAAGGACUCCGUCGUCACCUUCGUCGCCGACUCCUCCCUCGCCGCCCCCCUCGACGUCGACGCCGAGAAGGCCACCUCCAUCUCCGACUGCGGCGGCGAUGACGCCGGCGCCGGCGACGACGACGACGCGCCCAUGCCGUACCGCGAGGACCUGGCCGACAUACCGCUCCCUCGGUAGACAAGAUCAUCGGCGUACGUACGCUUAUACGUAGAUGAAUACGUACGUAAUACGUACGCCUUGAUGAUCAAUUCACUGUGAAUAUACGCUAUGCAUGCGUAUAUACGUACGUACGUGCGUAGAUCCUCUACGGUGUACUGCAUGCCACGUGGGCGCGCGGGAGCCGUUCGUUUAUAGGCGUACGGUCCAGAUCAGUCGCAUGCAGAUAGGCGCCAUGUAUGGCAUUUGACGGGAGGCAGGCUCAUGUGCCCUUAAUUACAUAAUUAUAUAUAAGAUUUGUAUAUCAUAAAAAUUAAGGGCAGGGGCAAGGUAGUAUAUAUAAUACGUCCUUUGUUGAGCUUAAUUGAUUAAUGCAAAUUAAUUAAGCAAUUGAUUAAUAUGUUAGUAUUUGAAAAGGUAGUAGUAAUAUGUAUACUACUACUUUGUACCCUUUUUUUUUCCAAAGGACAAUAGUGUGUAAUAGAGUUUUGGACAAGUUGUUUGAUGUAUCUCUCUCAAUAAUAAUGCAAGUUGGGCGACUGUAUGCUGGA